UCGACCUUGACGGUUGGCUGUAGUCACGGAAGGCGCUCUGUUCAGCGCUAUUCCGCGUGAGAAAAAAAGCGAGCUGCUGGUGCGAAUAGACUGUGGUGCGAGGGAGUGAGUGCGAAGAAAAGAGUCAGAUAGGAGUAUUGGUUUGGUGUAUUCUACAACUCAAGACUUAACGUUGCGCGAAGCGUGUUCGCAGUUUUAGUUGCAACCAUUGUUAUCCUUGUCGUGUGUAAUGGCCGCCAUCGGGUUUGUUGACGCCGCUUUAUGCUGCUUGAUGUCGCUCAUCGAGCUCUUCUAAAAGGAAUCGAUUGAAACUUUAUAGCCUUGUGAUUUCGCGCUUUCGAGUGUGUGACAACGAACGCUUAAAAGCACUUGGAAGACUUUUAUUUUAUAUGCCACCAAGACGAGCCGCUGGCAAUAGAGAGAAGCCGCAGGAGCCGCGCUGUCGCUGCAGCCAACGACCAACAGCCACACGGCUUGGCCGACAUGAACUUAGCGGGCCAACGCUCCGCUCUGACAACUGUAUUGCUCUGACGUGAUCAUUAGGAAGGCCACGAGGGAAUUCAUCAAGCGACGAGGAAGCUCAAGUCCUUGAAUUCCAUAGUUCCACAUCGCUGACCUUUGCCCACCGCGUCCUUCUUUCUCUGACCUCUUUUUUCUCCUUUAUCCUUUUUUCAUACUACGAUCGUGAGGUAUUUCCUGGCAUUUUUUAUGUCCGGUUUUUUCGUAUAUGGAAACGAGGAAAAUAUUGAAUUUCAGAACUCUACAAGAUAAGGGAUAUAUUCUUUGUAUGCAAUUUCCUCUGUGUUGCUCUUUAUACUCCUGACCCAUCUCCCGCGCACUUAUGACUGCCGUCAUGGCAACUCGAAGAUCAUCCGGGUGCAUCAAGUUGGAUAUGGUUAUCGAGUAAAUGUAACUACAUGGUCAAAGGCAGCGCAUCAAUGGCCCUAGAAUCAAAUGGUAGCAACGUGGUGUGGUUGAACGCAACCCGUCCUGAUCAAAUACAGCAGCACGUUGUGAAAGAGGAUCCACUGCAUAUUGAAACAAGUGAAGAUCAAGCACAUCUUCAUCAGUCACAAGACCAACAUCGGUUCCAGGGAAAUCUUAUAAAGAUUCCCAAUCAACAGAGUCAACAGGUUGAGCAACCAGUCAAGUGUUCCAUGUUUACUCAAACGGAGCAAACUAAUAGUUUUACACAAACAGAACAAAGUAAUUCUAGUUACACGGAUCAACGUCAGCCACAGACAGCUACAAUGUUUGAUCCACAACAAAUUCAGCAGCAGCAAGCUGCUCAAAGCCAGCAAUCUCAGCAGCAACAAACCCAACAAAUGUAUGUUACUGAGAAAAAAGAGGAUAAAACACAACAACAAACAACAGCAGCAGAAUUUCCUUUUUAUUAUAAUGUGAAUAUGCUGCAAAAAGUUCAAACAAAUACAGUGAGCACAAUUGGUGCAAUCACCACUGAUGACAAGGGUUGCUAUCGUUUUGACGUUCAACCCGUUGGAUAUAACACUUUAUUGAAUCAAAUGAGUAUAGCGGCUGCAACAAAUGCAACAUUUAAAUGUGACAUAUGCGGCCUAGUUUUUGGUCAUAUGAGUUUACUCAAUCACCACAAAAGAAUUCAUAAUACGACACCGAGUAAUCUUCAACAGCCACAGCAAGUUGUAGUACAGACUCCGACUACUGUAACUGUUGCAACAACACCUGAACGACCUUAUACAUGCGAUGUUUGUGGUGCUUGUUUUGCAUUACCCGGUGAAUUAAAGAGUCACAAGACGAAUAUGCAUCAGAAGCCAAAAGUGCAAGUCUGUGAGGAAUGUGGGAGUGAAGACCCCUGUGAACAUCAUCCCACUAAAGUUAAAAAAACAAUCAAACCUGGUCAUCAUCCCGUGAAACGGCGAGGAGUUACUAGUGUUACCAAGUGCCACAAAUGCAAUGGAACAGGAAUUAUUUUCAUUGGUAAACACGACGAAAAACUAGAUUCUGGAAUCAGUUCCCUUGCGAAGUGUGGCGGCUGCAAGGCGACAGGCCGUAUCAUCAUAGGAAGCGGCAAGCAAAAUCAGAAUCAGCCAGAGAAGCCAUUUCAUUGUAAUGUUUGUGACGGCACAUUUUCACGCUAUUCGUCGCUUUGGUCCCACAAGAGACUCCACUCUGGAGAUAAACCGUUUAAAUGCGAAGUCUGUGGUUUGGCCUUUGCGAAAGCGGCCUAUUUAAAAAAUCAUGGACGCGUUCAUACUGGAGAAAAGCCAUUCAAGUGUAGCGUGUGUGGUAUGCAAUUCUCUCAAAGCCCUCAUUUGAAGAAUCACGAGAGAAUCCAUUCAGGUGAACGUCCCUAUCAGUGUGAAGUUUGUGAAAAAACAUUUGCGAGACACUCCACAUUGUGGAACCAUCGUCGAAUCCAUACAGGUGAAAAACCAUAUCGAUGUAACACCUGCGGUUCAGCUUUUAAUCAAGCAACACACUUAAAGAAUCACGCUAAAGUUCAUACUGGUGAAAAGCCCCACAGAUGUGACAUUUGUGAAAUUGGAUUCUCUGAUCGUUUUGCUCUGAAACGUCACCGCGCCAUUCACGAAAAGUAUGGUCAAACUGCUAGAAAUCAAAAUGCGAAUAACACAAGCAAUACACAGCAGCCAAAUACAAGCAAUCCUCAACAACAGCAGCAACAGCAGCAGCAGCAACAACAACAACAACAACAACAGCAACAGCAGCAACAACAACAACAACCUCAACAAGCCCAACCAGGGCAACAAGUGGUUGUAGUAAAUGCUACAACACCCGUGACUGUUAGUCAAGGCCAAGGACAAGCAGCAGUUAUGCUUGAUGAAGUUUACAAAUGUCAAGUUGCCUUUCAGGAGCCUAAAUGAUUUGAUACAUAAAGGACUUCUGAUAGAAAUUGUGCUAAGCCGAACGGGGUUAUUGCUUCUUUUUAUUUUCGUACAAGUUAGGUUGCAAGUGAGGAUUUCACCGUUUUAUCAACAAAAAGGUGUACCUGUGUAACACGAUAUACGUGGCAACGAACGUAUGAUGCGAUAAUUCUCGAGAUAUUUUAAUUAUGGAAUAAAGGCUAAUUAGCCGUUUACACAUUGUAAGCUUUAUGAAUGAUAAUACUUAUGAUGAUAAGUAAAAAUUGUGCGUGAUAGUUCGUGACUUGACGGAGACUUGGAUAAUAAAUGAGAGCCAUAAAAUUGAUACAUGUAUUUCAAAUCUUGUUUUAAAAAUAUUCUAGCUACGGUGACAGUGCAUAAUAUAACAAAUUUUUAUUUGUUUUAUUAUUUAAUAAUCAUUUGGUGAUUAUUUUUUUAUAAUUUUGAAGUUAAAAGAUAAAAAAUUUAAUUAUCAAACGUUAAACUUCAGUUUUUUGCCGUAUUAUCAUAAAAGGCUCUUCUUGUCAAGUCAUUCUAAAUUCUAAACCAAUAUAUGAUGGCCAUGAUAAACCGAUGUUAUUACAAAAAUAUGAAAAAGAAAGCAGAAACAAUACCUUAACGGCGAAAUAAAAUCUUGUUAAAAGCUGCAAUAACUGAUAAAUAAUUGACCGCAGACAUCUGUUUUAUAAUUUUAAGAUCGAAUACUAUAUUGAAUAUCAUUUAUGACUACCGUAAUGAUAGUUUGUAAUAGUAAAUAGAUCAUUAGAAUAAUUAUAUAUACAUAUACUUGAAUUUUUUCAUUUCCGAUAUGAUAAAUAAAUUUGUAAUAAGUCUAUUUUAUGUUUAAAUAAUUAACAAGUGAUGAUAAUAAUAACGAGUAUAUACUUUUUUCUUUGAACAAAAUCAAAGUAUGUCUUCAGAAUAUUUUAAGAUGAAUGGGUAAUAAUUGCGCAGCUUUAAAAAAAAUCAUAUGAAACAAACUGUUUUGAGCCAGAGUAAAUGGAAAUAAGAAUAUAAAAAACAAAAUAAUUAUUUAACAAUACGCUUU